CAAUAGAGUGCAAGAGUUCAGUUAACUUAACCUAUUUUUUCCGUGCUCGAUAUAAGAAAUUUGCUUUUUUAUCGCCGCCCUGAGGUGCGUUUUCCUUCUCUUUCCAAAUUUCCAACAUACGAAGCUGUUGUAAAAGACACCUGAGACCUGAGACUUGAGAGAGUGAAAGAUGUUUACCUUGAAAAUUUUAUGUAUGGUUAUCUUGAUAGCGCGCUUUGGGAACGGCAUCGAGUCUGAAUUUUGCGAGGCGCCGGAUGAGUGCACCGAGGAUUCGAAGAGAUGUUUCACUCAAAAUCACUUCGCAGGGAAACGUUACAUCCUUUAUGAUGUAAAUCCUGGUGAAGGCUUUAAUCUCAGAAGGGAUGUGUACAUUCGCGUCGCCAUUUUUCUCAAAAGACUAAUUGAGAGAGAUAGGGAAUUCCAAUGGCAAUUGGUUUUACCACCAUGGGGUAAUCUGUAUCACUGGCGAAGUAGAAACGUGAAAUCUCAAGAGCGUCUACCCUGGGGCACUUUCUUUGACAUUACAAGUCUGCAACGAUACAUACCAGUUAUUGAAAUGUACAAAUUUAUGGAAGAAUACUCGUGCGGGGGCAGAGAGGUGCAACUCGAUCGUCUGUACAUUCUGCAAAACGAUGAAGAAAUGUUUAAGACUGGUAAAUUCGAGGAUAAAAAUGAGCUGGUGGACUGUGACCGUGAUUCUGUGCGGUAUCACAAAUUGGAGCAGCAUUUGUAUACAGGUCCAUUCUGGGGCUAUUCUAACGUCACGGCUCGGGAUGUGAGAUGUCUCAAGUUUCACGGCAUGGCACGUGAUCUUUCUCAAAAUCUCAUGCCAACACGAUACAGAUCUGUAAUGUUUGAUCGCAUGGAGAUUGCUUUACACGAUGAAUACGGAUCUAAAGAGUACUGGAGAGCUAGACGCAGCAUGCGUUAUAAUUCUGAGCUGUACGAUGUUGCGGAAAAUUAUAAAAAAACCUUCCUGAAUUCCACAGACGAGAAUGAUAAUACGAAACGACCAAUGGAUUGGACUAAGGAAAAGAAACGGCGAAAUGCAAGAGGCGGACCGUAUCUAGCCGUUCAUCUUAGAAGACGCGAUUUUAUCAGAGCUCACAAAGAGUCAGUACCAACGAUAAUGGAUACUGCCUUACAAUUACAAAAGAAAAUGGAUAAACUUGGACUGACUAUAUUAUUUGUUGCGACAGACGCAGAACAAUACGAAUUUGAAGAACUCAAGUCGUAUCUACCUCAAUACAAAGUCAUGAAGUAUGUGCCAUCUGAAUAUGUGAUAAAUAAAUUUAAAGAUGGCGGGGUUGCCAUUAUUGAUCAAAUAAUCUGUUCAUAUGCUAGAUAUUUUAUAGGAACACAUGAAUCAACGUUUACUUUCAGAAUACAAGAAGAUAGAGAGAUUAUCGGUUUUCCAUUGGAAACUACAUUCAAUAAAUUAUGUAAGACUAAUGAGGAUUGCGUAGUAGAUGGAUUCUGGUCGAUUGUUUGGUGAUGUUCUGCUUUAAUAAGUGAGUAACUUUUAAUUUUUAAAUAUAAUAAAAAUAACUGCAAUUUGUGAA